UAACCAUAUGUCGUGUUCACCACGUUUGAUUGUGGAAGGGAAGAAAUCAACAAGUCAGUUUCGUGUGGUUCGGAGUUCUGGCUUCUGAUCACUGAUCAGCCAUGGCAACUGGCAUUGAUGAAGAAGAAACCCCGCUAUUGGAACUACAAGUCGACGGCUUCGUCGACUACAAAGGCCGUCCAAUCCUCAAAUCCUACUCCGGCGGUUGGAGAUCUGCUGCUUUCCUUAUUGGAGUUGAAGUGGCGGAGAGGUUCUCCUAUUACGGGAUCGCUUCCAACCUUAUAACAUUCUUGACGGGGUCGCUUGGGGAGUCCACAACUACAGCUGCUGAAAACGUGAACUUGUGGACUGGCGUAUCUAUGCUGUUGCCUAUUCUUGGUGGCUUUGUAGCUGAUUCUUUCUUUGGAAGAUACCGCACCAUCGUCAUUGCUUCGAUUAUUUACAUCUUGGGACUAGGCUUGCUGUCUCUGCUUGCCGUGCUUACUUCCGGCAGCAGUUCUUCUUCUAAUAUCUAUGUAAUUUUAUUCUACGUUGCUUUAUAUCUAGUGGCAAUUGGACAAGGUGGGCACAAGCCUUGUGUUCAAGCUUUUGGAGCAGAUCAGUUUGAUGGGAAAGAUCCAGAGGAGAGCAAAUCCAAAAGCUCUUUCUUCAAUUGGUGGUAUUUCAGUUCAAACGUUGGCAUCCUCGUAACGUUUUCAGUCUUGGUCUAUAUUCAAGACAACCUUAGUUGGGCCUUUGGAUUCGGAAUCCCUUGUAUUGUGAUGGUGGCUGCAUUGUUCAUUUUCUUGCUUGGAAGUAGGACUUAUAGAUAUAGUGCCAAGACUGAUAAGAAACACCCAUUUGUGAGAAUUGGCCGAGUGUUUGUGGCAGCAGUUAGGAACCGGAAAAUUACUCCUCUGGCAAUGGCUCCCGAAGAGGAAGGUUGUGGCUCCUUGCCUCCCCACCUUUCCCAACAGUUAAAAUGCCUAGACAAAGCACUGCUGACAACAGCUGGUUUCAUGGAGGAUGGGAAGGUGUGCAGCGCAGGUGAGGUAGAAGAAGCGAAGGCGGUACUAAGGCUCAUUCCAAUAUGGGUUUCAUGCUUGGGAUACGCUGUAGCAUUCGCGCAAUCUUCGACCUUCUUUACAAAGCAAGGGGCUACUAUGGACAGAACCAUCACAUCAAACUUCAGAAUUCCAGCUGCUUCUCUACAAUCUUUUAUCUGCAUCGCCAUUAUUCUCAUCGUUCCGAUAUAUGACCGUAUUUUCGUUCGGGUAUCAAGAGCUAUAACUAUGAAGCCCUCAGGAGUUACCAUGCUUCAGAGAAUUGGAAUUGGAAUGGUUUUAUCUGCUAUCUCCAUGGUGAUUGCAGCUCUAGUUGAGAUGAAAAGGCUUAAAACUGCAGAAGAAAAUGGGUUGGUUAAUAAGCCAAAUGCAACUAUUCCAAUGAGUAUAUGGUGGUUGGUUCCCCAAUACAUACUGUUUGGUGCUGCAGAUGUGUUCACCAUGGUUGGACUACAAGAGUUCUUCUAUGAUCAGGUCCCAGUAGAACUAAGGAGUAUAGGUCUUUCCCUUUAUCUUAGUAUAUUUGGUGUAGGCAACAUCUUAAGCAGCCUACUUAUCUCUGCUACAGACAAAGUGAGCGACGGUACCUGGUUCAACGACAACCUAAACCUGGCGCAUCUUGAUUACUUCUAUUGGCUUCUUGCUGGACUCAGCGCGGUAGGAUUGGCUUCAUUUUGGUAUUUUGCCAAAUCUUACAUCUAUAAAAGGGAAAGCACAGGGUAAGGGUGUUCUUUCACUUCCUGGUUAUAUAUUGUACAGCUUAAUUGCUUCUUUCUUUGGGUGUGUCUAGGUGAUUGUAAAGGCUGAAAACUUAAAACAUAUAUAUAUAUACACACACUGUCUACUUGUGUAGCUAUAGAACCAUAUAAUAUAAAACAAACAUAUAUGCAUUGUUUGCCUUUGUUGAUGGAUACCCGCAAUUAUUGAUGAACA